UUUUUUGUGUUUCUUUUCACUGGGAGGCAUGCAAAACGGGCUGAUUUAAAAAAAAACUUGCAAUGACUGAGAACAAGGACUGAAUUGCAGAAAUAUUGCAUUAAACUCUUUUUCACCAUUUCAGUUGAACAGAUUUUUUUUGGGCGUAGCUAAAACGGUGGCCAGAUGAUGCAAAGGAGACCUCCAGCAUGAGAGUACCAAGCGCCCUUGUUCCAUGCAGUGGCCAUUCAGCGCAAUUGCAAUUUCCUUAUUUAUAAUAACUUGGCCCAUUUCUACCAGCACAACAUACAGUUAGCUACUGAACUAUGCCUGCAACUUCCCUGAAGUUGUUUCUGUUAUUUGGGAUACAGUAUCUCUGCUGUGUGCACCCACGUGGCAGCCCCCCACGCGAGCCCACCGCCACCUUCGCAACGUCAUUAGGGCCGCUGCUUUUCUAAUGUGAGGCCUGAAAUCAGGUCAUUCGAAUUUCUCGAGUUUAGCUACUUCACUAGCGAAGAUCUCCGCCUUCCCUUUCCGCUCUGGAGCCAGCGUUGUCAACAUAAACACGUGUGCCUUCACAAGUGGGUCUUCUCCACGGAGGCAACCAAUCAGAGGAAAUUACUUAGCCAAAUAUGGACAAAUUGGAUACAAAACUGGGACAAACAGAAGGAGCUGUCAGAGGGACCUUUUCUGGACACUCGUAUGACAAAUUGAUGCUUUUAUACUAAGUCAAUGUUAGAGACUCACUCUAUGGAGGUCUAAAUAGCCCAAAUAUGGGACCUCUAAAAGUGUAAACUAGAAUUCCUCUAAAUUUGUGAACCCAGGGAGCGAUAUUGAUUGAGCUGUUAUAAGCCUGUAUCAAUAAAUUACUAAAUGUGGAAAUAGAUGUCUCUAUCAGUCAGUCACUGUCUCAGUCACUCAAUUAAUCUUCAACCGUUCACCUCGCCUCUCCUUUAGUUACGCCCACUCUUGGUUAGGCCUCUCCUCUUGGGUACGCCACCACGUGCCUACGCGGCGGCCAUGUUGGGGAGGUCAUCGUUCCCAUAGAAGGCAAUACAUGAAAACGCCAUUCUGCAACCUGACAACAGGGGGCGCGAACCAACAGCAUGCUGAACGUGAAGUCACGUCACGUGAACGCGGUAUCCCGGAUGUUGAUACCAACACUGCAGCUUUUAUCUUCCGGCCGGAACCACAAUCAAGUCUUUUUAGCAUCCCAACUCCGGGCUUCGUUACUCUUUUUACAUGCACAGAUAAAUAUACAUUUAUAGAUAUUGAUAUUUAUUGAUAGGUAUUUACUAAAUAACGCACUUAUAACGUGUCGAGAUCACAAAACCGCGAAGAUGUCUAAGGAAAUGUAUCAGGCUGAGAUCACGUCCACUAACUCGAGCCCAAAUAAAGAAGAAGUCCCAAGGACCAAUGUCGCCAGCAAGACCCCAAUCCAGAUGCUGCAUGAGUACGGCAUCAAACAUGGCAAAAUCCCCACCUAUGUGCAGGAGAAAGCUGAAGGCGAGGCCCACCAGCCCAGCUUCGUGUUCAGCGUGACUAUCGGAGAAGUCUGCUGCAAAGGUGAAGGUUCCAGUAAAAAGGCAGCCAAACACAUGGCUGCUGAGGAUGCGCUGCGCAUCCUGCAAAUGAACACUGAAGCUGUGAGUCUCCCCGUGAAGUCCGAGAGUAACGACGUUGCAGCAAAAUCAAACGACCACAACAACUCAGUGGGCAUGCUGCAGGAGCUGUCCUUGCAGAGAGGUUGGCGUCUUCCCGAGUACACAAUGAUAAUGGAGACCGGUCCCCCGCACAGGCGAGAAUUCACCAUCACCUGCGCAGUGGAGUCCCUGUCAGAGACGGCUGCUGGAAGCUCCAAAAAAGCGGCAAAGAAGGCAGCUGCCGAGAAGUUGGUGGCCAAGCUUCAGAGUCUUUCAGGCUCCUCUGAAAUCACAUGGACACCUAAACCAAGGGUGCAAUUCGAGAACCUUAAGAAUUCAUCGGCCGAGAAAAUCUCCUUUCUAAGGAGGAACCCGCUGAGCAUUCCCAACACGGACUACAUUCAGCUGAUGGCCGAGCUGUCCAAGGAGCAACGCUUCGACAUCGCCUACAUGGACAUCGAUGAGCUGACGGCCAACGGGCAGUACCAGUGCCUGGUAGAGCUGUCCACCUCCCCCGUCACCGUGUGCCACGGCACGGGCAUCUCCCGCAGCAACGCGCACAACGCAGCCGCACACAGCGCCCUCCAGUACAUCAAGAUCAUGGCCUCCACCAAGUAAAAUGCACAAACUGGACUGGAAAGUACAUUUUAACACAAACUACAACCACCUGUAUGUCAGGACACCAUUGUGUGUUAAUGAUUUAUUAUUUAUGUACUUAUGUGGCUGAAAGCUAACUAAAUGAAGCACUUGACAAAGAUUCAAAUACUUUUAAGUGACGUGUGUGUGUGAACUUGGCAAAAUGUAUACUCCACGCCUACCCAUGUCUACUUCAACCAUGUGUAUCAAGUUCAAAAAUAAAACCAGUCAACUUUCCCAUUGA